CUCCUCCUGCCCCCCAACCCAGUCUUCGCAUUGAACUCUUCACACCUCACCCACCAACACACCAAUCCAGCACGCCUCCUCGCCGUCGUCUCCGAUAACUCAUCGUCCAAAUCCCUGUCCUUCUAUGGCUCUGCUGGUGCGGAGGGCACGCAGGGCGGCGACCAAGGCCGCGGUGUCGCUCGGCGGCGGCGGCGGCAGCGGCAGCAGCAGCGUGGAGCUCGCGAUCCCGGCGCACUACCGGUGCCCGAUCUCGCUGGAUCUCAUGCGGGACCCCGUCACGGCGCCGACGGGGAUCACGUACGACCGCGAGAGCAUCGAGGCGUGGCUGGACACGGGCCGCGCCACCUGCCCCGUCACCCACGCGCCGCUCCGCCACGAGGACCUCGUCCCCAACCACGCCAUCCGCCGCGUCAUCCAGGACUGGUGCGUCGCCAACCGCUCCCGCGGCGUCGAGCGCAUCCCCACGCCCAAGAUCCCCGUCACCCCCGUCCAGGCCUCCGAGCUCCUCUUCGACCUCGCGGGGUGCGCGCGCCGCCGCGACGCCGCCGCGCCCGCGCGGUGCGCCGAGGUGGUCGCCAAGAUCAAGGCCCUCGCCAGGGACAGCGAGCGGAACAGGCGCUGCUUCGCGUCCAUCGGCACGGGCCGCGUGCUCGCCGCCGCGUUCGAGUCGCUCGCUUCUGCUGCUGCUGCUGACGCUGCGCCGGCGGGGCGCGUCCUUGAGGACAUCCUCGCGGCAUUGGUCUGCAUGAUGCCGUUGGACGAGGAGGCCGCCAGGACGCUGGGCUUGCCGAGCUCGCUGGGGUCUCUGGUCGCCAUUGCUGAGAACGGGACCUUGGCGGGAAGGCUGAACGCCGUGCUGGCGAUCAAAGAGGUCGUCUCAUGCGACGGAGCGUUCACUGAUCUGAGCGGAAAGGUCGACGAGAUCGUAGACGCGCUGGCAAAGAUCAUCAAGUCUCCGAUCUGCCCACAGGCAACCAAGGCCGGCAUGGUCGCCACCUAUCACCUGGCGCUAUACGACGAGCGCGUCGCGGCGCGCCUUGCCGCCGCCGGGCUCGUCCCCGUGCUCAUCGAGGCCCUCGUAGACGCCGACAAGAGCAUGUCCGAGAAGGCACUGGCUGUGCUCGACGCGGUGCUCGCCUCGGAGGAAGGCCGCGCAAGCGCGCGGGCGCACGCGCUCGCCGUGCCCAUGCUCGUCAAGAAGAUGUUCCGCGUGUCCGACCUGGCGACCCAACUCGCGGUGUCGGCGAUGUGGCGCCUUGGAAAGGCGCACAGCGACGGCGAGGAGGAGGAGAAUGCGGUGACGCGGUGCCUUGUCGAGGCGCUGCGGGUUGGGGCGUUCCAGAAACUGCUCCUGCUCUUGCAGGUCGGCUGCAGGGACGCAACCAAGGAGAAGGCCACCGAGCUGCUCAAGUUGCUCAACAAGUACAAGAGCGUAGGCGAAUGCGUCGACGCUGUGGAUUUCAGAGGGCUGAACAAGCUGUCAUCUUAAAUCAAAGGGAACUGUGAUGUAAAAAGGUGGAUUUUGUAAAAUAGAGAGACGAUUUAACUUGUAAGUAGCUAGGAUAGUUGCAAUUUUGCUGGGCUUGCUUCCAUGUUAGUAUUUCAGCAGCAUAGGCGCUUAGGUCCAAAUGAAAACAAAAACAUAGAUCUGAUUUUCGUUUUGUGACGAACUUGUGUGUAAAUUUUUUGCUGGGCGUGCUUCCACGCUAGCUUAGUUCAAAUGACAACUUGGAUCCGAUUUCCGUUU